AUGUACAGUAUAUUUUUUCGUGUCCUGACAACACAUCAUCAGUCUUUAAACCCCAGGCCUCGGAACACGCUCAGAGCUGACCCCCAGCCUCUGACCCCCCAGCCUCUGACCCUGCAGCCUCUGACCCCCCAGCCUCUGACCCUGCAGCCUCUGACCCCCCAGCCUCUGACCCUGCAGCCUCUGACCCCCCAGCCUCUGACCCUGCAGCGUCUGACCCUCCAGCCUCUGACCCUGCAGCCUCUGACCCCCCAGCCUCUGACCCUGCAGCCUCUGACCCUGCAGCCUCUGACUCCCCAGCCUCUGACCCUGCAGCCUCUGACCCUGCAGCCUCUGACCCCCCAGCCUCUGACCCCCCAGCCUCUGACCCUGCAGCGUCUGACCCUCCAGCCUCUGACCCUGCAGCCUCUGACCCCCCAGCCUCUGACCCUGCAGCCUCUGACCCUGCAGCCUCUGACCCCCCAGCCUCUGACCCUGCAGCCUCUGACCCUGCAGCCUCUGACCCCCCAGCCUCUGACCCCCCAGCCUCUGACCCUGCAGCCUCUGACCCCCCCAGCGUCUGACCCUGCAGCCUCUGACCCUGCAGCCUCUGACCCUCCAGCCUCUGACCCUGCAGCCUCUGACCCCCCAGCCUCUGACCCCCCCAGCCUCUGA